AUGUUUCCGCUCUUCCCUCAGUGUGAAUGCAAACUGAAGCAAAAGGGGUCUCUGCCCCCCAAGUAUGCCUUGGAGAUGCUCACCAUCUAUGCCUGGGAGAAGGGGAGCAGGGCACAGGAUUUUGACUUGCCUGAAGGUUUCCGGACGGUCCUGGAGUUGGUCAUACAAUAUCAACAUCUCUGUAUCUUCUGGUUGGUCAACUACAGUUUGAAUGAUGAGAGCAGAGUUCUGAGGAACUUCCUCCUGGACCAGAUGAAGAGAACCAGGCCUGUAAUCUUGGACCCAGCCGAUCCUACUGGUGACGUGGGUGGAGGGGACUCUUGGUGUUGGCAUCUUCUAGCGAAAGAAGCGACUGAAUGUUUGUCUUCUCUCUGCUUCAGAGAUAAGUUGGGAUGUCCCAUACAACCAUGGAAAGUACCCACAGAAUCAUCCUUCUAA